GAAAGUUCCUGGAAAGCGGCCUCUGCAGCAGUCGGGCGGGGCGCUCCUGGAGCUCGAACCCAAGAGGGAGGCGGGGAGCUUGGGAGGCGCGUCUGGCUGGGAAGUCGCGCACAGACAGAGCUUCGGGUACCGACGUUUAACUCUUGCCAAGUCUCGCCGCCGCCGCCACCGCGGCUCGCAGGCCUUGCGCUUCCCUUGAAGCAUGAGCCUCCUCUCCUGCCUCUACCAGUGUUGCGCGGGCCGCGGACAGUGCGCGCUAGGACUGCGGGCGCACCGCCUCACAAUCCUCUGUGCCGGCUGUAGGGGUGCUAGAGGGGCUCCCGCUGGGGCAGGCUGCAGGCAAACUGUGGGUGACCGCGCCUGCGGGGGACUUUGCUAUCUGUCCACUGGGACCCAGGGAGGAAGAAUCGGCAGCUCUCCACCCCCUCCCUCUCCACCACCAUUUUGGAUACUCUGCAGGGAAGUGUUUUGGGGUUCCCACUGACUUCCAGGAAGGAAGAGUGCCCCUCUCUGACCCCUGCUCCGGCGGCUACCUCUGUUUGCUGCGGUGACCCUUUGCCCAUGACCCUACGGUGCCUCGAGCCCUCCGGGAAUGGCGCGGAAGGGACGCGGGGCCAGUGGGGGACCGCGGGGACCUCGGAGGAGCCGUCCCCGGAGGCAGCGCGUCUGGCGAAGGCCUUGAGGGAGCUCAGUCAAACAGGUUGGUACUGGGGAAGUAUGACUGUUAAUGACGCCAAAGAGAAAUUAAAAGAGGCACCAGAAGGAACUUUCUUGAUUAGAGAUAGUUCGCAUUCAGACUACCUACUAACAAUAUCUGUUAAAACAUCAGCUGGACCAACUAAUCUUCGAAUCGAAUAUCAAGAUGGGAAAUUCAGAUUGGACUCUAUCAUAUGUGUCAAGUCCAAGCUUAAGCAAUUUGACAGUGUGGUUCAUCUGAUUGACUACUAUGUUCAGAUGUGCAAAGACAAGCGGACAGGCCCAGAAGCCCCGAGGAACGGCACUGUUCACCUUUAUCUGACCAAACCGCUCUACACGGCAGCGCCACCUCUGCAGCAUCUCUGUAGACUCACUAUUAACAAAUGUACCGGCACCAUCUGGGAACUGCCUUUACCAACAAGACUAAAAGAUUACUUGGAAGAAUAUAAAUUCCAGGUAUAAGUGUUUCUUUUUUUCUUAACAUGCCUCAUAUAGAGUAUCUCCGAAUGCAGCUACAUAAAAAAGAACCCCAAAACUUGAGUGACUGCUCUGGAUAACUACAUGGAAUUCUAAGAACAGCCGAAGGAAUCUAACUUAAAUGUGUGACGAGGUAGCGAGGUAAAGUUUCCUCAACUAUUUUCACCUGAGUAGUAACACUUCCCUUCCUGAGUCUAAGACCAGUUGACCUUUUAAGUUAAAAAUUAAAUAUCCCAAGUAAAGGCUGAAGUAACAUUUUUAUCAGAAUGCCUUGCCUUUUGAGAUUCCUUCCUUUUUGGUUGAAGGUCCAAGCACCAGUGAACGAACUGCACGGAGGGGUACUGAAGGGGAAGGAAACUAACACAGGCUGACUUCAGUUUCACAUGCCUGGUGAUCCGAGUCUGUUUUGGACAUGUUAUGUUUUGCAUUCUGAUGUACCUAGGGGUUUUGUUGAUCAGAUUUACUUGUGAGCGUUUAUCCUGCAUUUUAUGCAAUUAACCAAAUCAAAAAAAGUGACCAUGAAAUCCUGUAUUUGUCUUUUUACUACACGUAUGAACUCUCUCAUGUGAACGAGUACUGUAGUAAUCCAUUUUAAGGGAGCCUUACUUCAGACAUAUUUCAAAUUGGUGCAAACGGAAAAGACUUUGUCUUUUCCUUUAAGGCUAAAGACAAGAAUGUCCUGCUAUACAGGUGCAACCCAAUCCCUGUUCAUUAAACCAUGUGGAUUUAGACAUGUUACCCUUUGAAGUGGCCGUGUCCCAACCUUUUGCCAUGGAUUUUUUUGGAAAUGGCUUUAGAAAUUUCCAAGGUGUCCUUGAAUUGUCUAACCAUAGACAUCAAUGGUUCUCUCCCUUCUACCAUGUAGAACACUUUGACUUAAUUUUCUUCCAGAUAUAGGGGGAUACCUGCCUGUUUUUCAACAUGUUUAUUUACUGCUGUUACUAUUUGAUUAGAAUGUAUUAAAUAAAAAAAACCCUGACUUUUA